AUGCUGUCUCAUCUACUCUUUGGGGCUGCCGUCAUCGGACUCGCCGCCGGCUUCCCUCAAGUCAGCGCGCCACCAUCCUCCACCAUCGCCCCCAUCACAUCCACCACGCCACCACCAAGCGCCAUCACCACCGCCCCAGGGCUCACCUGCACUGGCGGCUCGACCGUCAAAACCACAACCGAGUGCACCUACGGCCACACGUACUCGUAUUGCUACAGCGCCCCGCCGCCCCUGUCGUGCGACUCGGGCUAUUUCCCGGGCACGAUCCAGUACGGCCACUGCGAGGAGGGCCAGAUCUGCUAUCCAGUCGACGCCAGCUGGAUCACGACGACGUGCCCGCCCAACGGCGAGACAGCCUACACAACGUCGACGCUGUUCUCGGGCACGCUGGCCGGCGGCGUCAGCACCGUCAUCUCGGUCGUGCAGUGCGCGUGCGGCGACGGCCAAUACUACAGCUGGCAGUCUGAGAGCCCCUACAGCGUCUACUGCAUGCCCUUCGCCGACUGCGUUGCCGGCAUGACGACGAGCUACAGCACCAACGACUACUGCCUGACCGUGACUACGCCGAGCUACUGCAGCGGGAGCGUUAGCACCCCGUACUGCGCUUGCGCCACGGGUCUGCCGCAGUAUCCCGCCGAGGGGGGUGCGCCGACAACGUGUGCGUGA